AUGAUAUGCCAGCACUCUCUCCUGCUUUCAGGCCUUGAGAUGGUUGGUCCAUCUAAGCGAGUGUUGGCUGGGGUAGGCGUCCAGCUGUUCUGGAGUGUGGGCAUGUUCAUCCUGGGGGCGGUUGCCUACGCCCUCCGCUACUGGAAGACAUUACAGCUCGUCAUCUCAGUGCCUUCCGCUCUCCUGUUUGGAUUGUGGUGGCUGAUUCCAGAGUCCUCAAGGUGGUUGUUGUCACGUGGUCGCAAAGCGGAAGCGGAAGUCAUCAUUCAGAAAGCGGCAAAGAAAAACGGAGUAGAACUUCCAGCCUCAAUGUUGGCUGAGCUGACCGUUGAUGAGGGAGACCGAGGGAAGUUUACUCAACUGUUCACCUCAAGGAUCAUCAGAAACAGAACCCUAAUCAUCUUCUUCAACUGGCAUAGGUUUGUUGUGAACAUAGCGUACUACGGUCUUGGACUUAAUGUACAGAACCUGAGCGGCGACAUUUACCUCAACUACACCAUCGCCAGCAUCGCGGAGACGGCGUCAUACGUGGCGUGUAUACUGCUGAUGGACAAAGUUGGAAGGAAGCUGCUCCACUGCAGCAGUAUGUUAGUGGGAGGGUUGGCGUGUGUGGCAGUGCUGUUCCCUGUUAUAUAUGAAGCACCCUCGUGGGUCACCAUCCUACUCUCAAUGAUCGGGAAGCUCGGAGUGUCAGCUGCCUUCGCCAUCAUAUACGUCUUUUCUGCCGAACUCAUGCCCACCGUUGUACGCAACUCUGGCGUGGGAGCCAGCUCUACUUGUGGAAAGAUAGGCGGAAUGACCUCGCCCUAUAUUGCUGAUCUGGGUCUUCUCGUUGGCGGCGACCUGAAGGUGGCGCUGCCACUCAUUGUGUUCGGCGUGUUAUGUAUGGCGGCCGGGGGUCUCUCCCUUUUACUUCCGGAAACCCUAAACACAACGCUACCCGAAAACAUUCAAGAUGCCAAAACCUUCGGAAAGUCAACCUCUAGCACCAAAUACAACCUGACGUCAAAAAGCAAGAUAGCAUCUGGAGAUGUAAAGUUGAAUGGAAAUGUGCUAAAACGGAGUGCUUGGUUCCCAAGAGCGCGGCAUGAUAAAACCACGGAUGUCGAAAUGGAGAAUUGCCAACGUACGGCAUGCCUUCUGGAACCGACGGAAGAAACUUAAGAUAUUUUAUAGAUAGAGAACCAAAACAUUGUGUAUAGGGCCCGUGACAAGUGUAUAUUCAAGAACCAGUUAUGGUUCCAAAUUGAAUUGCGCGACAGCCAAAUAUGACUUUACUAGACCGGACAAAGUGUAUACCCAUGCUUGGCUGUUACAUCUGUUGACAGUCGUAAUAGUUGGUUAAUUUGGGGAUGAUUAGAUCGGACAUUUGUUAUUCCUGCAAGGAUUAUCGGUCCUUACUGUCAACUGACAACCACCUACUGUGACCAUUUGUGCAUUACAUGUAUUAAGUUGUGCUGAAAUUACUCUGUUCUGUUCCUAAGACAGCCCUUUGCCUGACCUGAUCUGAACUAAUUCAAUCGUGGCUGUGGUGCAUAUGUUGAUCGGCAGGAGGAGGAUCUCAUGAUUUGGGUGGAAUAUCUUUCCGGGAUUGUGACCUCUUACUGAUUAGGCCUAAGCGAUCAUCCUUUUCACUAUUAACCAUCGUCCAAUUGUUUCACAGAUUUGUACACAUCUGUACAGAAACAUGGCAUGGAUAGAAUAUAGAAAUUGUCCCACACAAAGGGGAUACAAUCAAACAAAAACGAUUCUUGUUGUCUGUUAAAGAAUGCUUGAUUAUAACACUGCAAGAAUGAAAUCUGAUCCAAAACACCAUUUUAUAUGAUGACGUAAUUGUCAUCAUAUGACAUAUGGCAAUUUGUAAUUGUCAUGUUGUGUGACACGGCAAACCGGGGCGCCAGUUGUUAGACUAUUAAAAUAAUAUAAAUAAGAAUAAGAGUAUGUAUUAUUUCCACCCCUCCACUAAAUAGUAUGCCCACUUACUCCCGUUUUAUACUAGUAGUACAUACAAAAGGCAGCGUAUAACAUUGUUCUCUCUUGUUCAAAUAUUGCUACAAAGAACAAAGGAAGAAACAUUUACAUGAUUUCCCGACAGAUUAUUGUUGCAUCUCACAACUUGUGUGUGUAUGCACGCUAAAAUGGUCCUUGUAUGAGUCACGGGUGAGAAACGCCAAGGGAUAGAUGUGGGCUAAUUGCAAUGGAGGACUACUAUACACAUCUUACUUGCCAUGUAAAAUAUUAAAUAGAAACAAUUUGAAAUAUGUCCAUUCUUAAAGCAGAGUACAUAAUACGAUUUCCAUUAUAUCAUAAGCAUGUGUUUAUGAAUCGCCAUCAGUAUCAGAUAGUGUCAUAUUUGUAUCAUCUUUUGUCAUCGGUAAGUAUUUCAUCGGUAGCCUGACCAUAUGUAUCUUGAAAAGCGAAGCAUCGUUCAAUGCAAUAAACAUGAAGUCGU